AUGGAGUGCCGAUUGAAAUGGCGUGAUUACGGAAGUUUCAACAACAACAAAAUCAGGCCUUGGUUUGGCUGUGCAUUCGAACGCAUGCGGUAUUAUUUUCCUAUCCCUGAGCAGUGAAUUUAAUGCAAUGAAUGACGAAAACUGAAACGUUCCCCUAUUAUGGCAAUGGUACGAUGAUUGCCUCUUUACCACUGUGGUUGUGAGCGGUGUGUAAGGCCGUCAGUUCCGUAGUUUGCAAAAUGUCGUUCGUGUGGGGCUGAUGUGUUCGUCACUCAGAGACCUAACUCGAAAUGGCAAACAUAAGUGGGAGUAGAGAAAGACACGUUGUACGCCUCGGUGCUAACUGCGAUUGAAGACAUUGAAUGUAUAAUCAACCUUCCAUUCGUGCUCCCGCAAAUUGUAUAUAGAUAACAUCAAAUACAAUUUAGUAUCAAAAACAGUUAUACCAUCUUCUGGUCACUUUGUGUUCGAUAUUUACUCAAAAAAAGUUGUUCAUCUUAAACUGAUUCUUCAUAUUUGUACAAAUUAGUAGUCAUAAAAUAAAACAAGCCUACAUAAUGGCUGCCAGUCCCGGUUCAGAUAACAAUUGUAACAUCUACAUGCCACCGUUAGGAUGUUCCGUGGCAUCCUCGCAUGACUUCAGCGAUUAUCAGUGGUUUACUGAUUUUGGAAGUUAUCGCGACGGAGUGGCUACACACCAGAGCAUCCUUUCGGCACUAUCCGCGUCGUACAAUGGGAUCGGCGAACUGUCGUACUACGAGAAGAUGGCGAAAGAUAUUGAUGCAAAUCUUGCCGAGAUCGAUAUGGAAAGCUUUCGCAAAGAGGACAUCAAUUCGCUGUUGACUGCCAUUCCAACGCAGUUACGGCUAGACGAUGCCGAGCGCAGAACGCGCAAUAAUAAUCGCAUUUUCUCGACGAUAACCAGUUGUACGGCAGCUGGACUAAUACCGGCCGAUAUGAUGGACAAUUCAUUCUGCAAAUCGGAGAUUCUCUUUUCGCCGGUAAAGGAAUCGCACAUCAGUGUAGACUCACUAGACAUGGAUGGGUACCCGGAUGAAGAAGAUAUCAUACUAACGUGUCAGGCAAAUAAGGACAACUACACAAUAGCAUUUGAACAGAGCAUUCUGUACUCAGAGGAAAGUUAUUACGAUGGCCCGGAACACUAUGGAAAGUAUAAGCGCAUGAAUAUAUUGAACAAUCUGCAAAGUCGAACCCAGUUUAUCAGACAGAAAGAAUCUAUGUCGCGCUCAGAAGUAAACUACACCACUUGGAGCAAUUUAAAGCGAAACGUAACCACGCCACGGCCUCCAAUUACAGUGAAUCCGCUAAUAACGCAUAUCUCGCGCCACAAUAGAACAUGUUUCGUGCGUAAAAGCUUUAGUAUGCCUAACCUUCAGUCAGAACAAUCGUGCUCGUUACAACAAGUACAGCUUCCAUCACAAGAACGGCAUCAACUGAAUGUUUCACAGGCUGCAAAUGGCAAUAACUCCGAUGAAUCAUUUGAUAGACCGAUGCGUACGUUGCUUCCAAUGUGUACCAUACCAACGGAUUCUGAGAAUGAAAGCAGUACCAAUGGAAAUGAAAUCAAUGACAGUGAACAGAGUGCUGCAAAUGAGCAUAUAACAGUGCAAGAACAUCGAGAGUCGUUGAUGCAAGCACAGCAACUGCAAGAGCAGCAACCGCCACAGCAGCAAACCCUGCAGCAACCAUCGUUUAACUUGGUAAAGCUUUUUAUCAAACAAAAGAGUAGUUCAACAGACACUUGCAUGGAUGUGUCGUCCGGCUGUUGGCCCAGCGAUAGUACCAACAGCGGUGGCUCAGGCGACCAUCAGAUACAUCACCUAGGUAAUGGAACAAUGGCUGCAAGAUGUCGUAAGAAAAGUAUGCAUGAUUCAGGAAAAUGUUCGACUACUGGCGGUGGAAGCAUUGGUGGAAGGCAAGGCGAAGAGGACGAAUUUCAGCUGGACAGUUUAGAUGCACAAAUUAACAACGCCCACGUAAACGCUAACAACAAUAAUGGCAGUGAUGGUGGUGAAGAUGAUCCAAACGAAGAAAGAGGUCCACCGUCCUCUCCACAGCGAGCUCACGGUACGAAUGGAGGAUCGGUUCCGGGCCAUAUGAAACUGAACGAUUUCAACCGGCAAAUGCACGGCUCUCCACGAAGGCAGUACAAGGGCUUCAGUAUGAACAUUGGCGGAAGACGACUGUUGCAGGAUCUGUUGCAGCAGCACAAUGGUAGCUGCGCAGGAUCAGCCAGCCCACUAAAUAGCAGUACCAGUAUUAACAAUAACAAUAAUAACAAUAGCCACAAUGUAAACAACAAUAACAGCUAUAAAGACACCAACAGCGAUACCAGCCGCACGUCGGAAAACUUAACGCAGAUUUUCAAUCACAGUGGUAAUAACAAUACCACUACCUCUACGGGAUCAAAAACAAAGAUCCCGAUCGACAUGAUAACUAAAUCAAUGCAAACUUCCCUUAUUGGUGCUCCGGCGGCAAACGGAGGCACGGCAACGAGGGAGAAGGUUCGCGUGAUACCACCUUCGUUUCUGGAUCGGUUGAACGAACUUGGCGAUAAACAGAAGGCUCCCGUGUUUGUGGUGUAUCCUAACUAUGCGCUUCCGGAUUUGGGUUUCUUGAAGACGCAAAACGAAGUGGUUAUAUCACCACUAUCGUUCAAAGAAACUAUGACCGGUGCAGGUCGUCCACUUAAAAAACCGCGCCCCGUUUCAAUGAACGACAUUGAAAAUAUACGACAGCGCGAAUACAAGCAUGUGACGGAUUGGAAGUCACUUGUUUUUCUUCUUCCGACCGAGUAUCGCAAGCUGCUGCGUCAUAUUCCGGAAGUAGGCGAACUGAGCAUGUCUACCGAGAAGCAACCCAUGUUUUGCAUGACGCCGCCUUUACGCCGAGGUGUGGCACGGGGUGUGAGUUGUGACUGUACCAACCUGUUGCAGCAAAACACGCAGACAUACAAUAGUUCAAGUUCUGGAGGAAGUUCGAGCGCUGCUCCCAGCUCUGGAUACAGAGGAUCUUCAACGAUGCUAACGACGGACUCCGAGAUGGAUGGUAUACUGGCACCGUCGAAUAGCAGCAACCUUUUCAACAAUAAUCUUUAUGUGUACCAAUACGAUAGUCCAGCGGAGGUGCUGGUCCCUUGUGAGCGGCCACCUUCGGGUCGUACAGCGGGAGUAGCCCCUAAAAGCAUUCUUCGCCGGCCCCAAGGUUCGGUUAGAGGGGCCAGUAAUUCAUCUGGCAGUGGGGCUAACGGUCAGAGCAAUAUGAAAGCAAAGCGUAGCAGUAUGUUUGAAGAACAACAGGGGCCUCAUUUCCCGCAAGGGUCGCGAGAAAAGCGACGUUCGCUGCAGGAACAUCAUUCGUACAACUUUUACGAAGACGCCGAAGAAGAAGAAGAAGACUAUGAGGAACAUCGGAACGAGCAAAAGCUUCACAAUUCGCCGAACAUGAUUCCACAUCCACGGUUGGCCAACACGCCAAAGUUGCCAUCGGCCGAUCAUUACCACAAGUUGAACAAGUUGGUAGAAAUGAAUGAUAACGAUAUGGCGAACCUUGCUAAUGGCAAACAACAACAGUGUGUCGACGAGGAUCUCGAAGCUCGUGCACGCGCAGAACAAUUCCUGUCGCAUGUACCAAAAUCGGAGCUCAAGCACUAUGCCGAAAUUGCACACAUCCUUGAAUCUACCGAGAUGAUCGAAUCUUCCGAGCCGCCUUAUGAUCGUACCAGACUCCGCAACGAAGUCAGUCGGCUGUUGUCCCAGAAGCGAAGCGUAGCUUUCACCAAACAACAAACGACUCCAACCUCAAUCGGCGGCAACAAUACCACCCCUGUGCGACAGCAAGCAGCCCCAGCGACGGCUUUGUUGCGACCAACUGAAAUAAAGUUUUCCACGCCACCAAACUCACCAAACAUGUCGGUAACGGUAGCAAAGACGGGUCACCAUGUUGCUGGUGGAAUGAUGGCUGAGAAGAAACCACCAGUGGCGCAGCGCACGCCAUCAUCCUUGGCAGGUUCGCCUGCGUCUGGCACUGAAAAGGAAAAGCAAGAUAAAAUACAAACCAAUCGCUUCAAGCGACUGCAAAUUCAGUGGGAGCUGCUAAGUAAAGAAAGCACGAAAGCGUCUUCCGAGAGCCAGCGGAAAGAAAUUCGCAGUGGUGGAAAUACCCCUACGGGUGGUAAUGGUGGGCCUAAAUCGAGGAUACCACGCCCUGUGAGUUAUCCCACUACCAGAACAAAUUCUGAUCCAGUGGUGAGCAAAACAUUAAAAUCGCCUAGUCGCAUAGUGGCCCCAAGGAAGUACGGUGCUAUGCAAUCCCCGGUCACAACGCCGCCCACACCUGCCCCACGCACUCCGAGUAAAACUUUUAGUAAUGUUACUCCCAAGAAAGUAUCAUCAGCCCCCUCUCGCCCCGCAACACGCACACGCAUUCCGCUCGGAAACCGGAGUAAAAAAAUACCUGCUAAGUAGCAAAUACGCAAAUGUUGACGUACUAUUUACUCAAGAGCGGCAAUGAUAUCCCGCGCAUCCCUGCCGACAUAACGGAGAUUGCAGCACAUUGAGCGUAUUAUGUUUUAAGCCAAAGGAAGUGUAUAUUACAAACCCAACUAACUACCUGUAACCGGAGGCGGUCGAACAGUGGUACAGCAGCGUGGUGAUAUAUGAUAGUGUUGGAAAGCUGGUGUAUAGAAUGGAUUUGGGAUGUGUUAAAUACUUUACACUCCAAGCAUAAAGCGCAAUGAUCGCACUGUUCUAGGUAUGCUGCACGCACCAAAGACAGACAGAUUCAUACACGCUUCACACUUGUUUGGUGUUUAUAGUAUCAAAAUUACCAUUUGGUGAUUCGUUCCAACACCAUAUGAAUGCAUUAUAGAUACUUGUGUAUACACAUUCGUCUAAUGAAUGUCGCAUGCGGGCAUUAAUCACUGCAUUCAUAUCUGGCAUCCAAAAAGCGUUGCGAAUAAUUACAUGGGAUAAAGAAAACUGUGACUGAAUUACAGAGAAUUGUGUAUAGAUUAGCUGAGGUAUGGUUUUCUGUGUAAUGGUCAAAAAGGCGUCGACCCGCCUCUCUUUUCCGUUACGGCAACACCGUUGCAAUUGCGCUGCUCUGAAAAUAGCACGCAUACAAUCGUUUGCUCUUGUUAAGAUGAAAGCUUUAGGCGUUGUUUUGUCGAUUGAACUGCUUUACCUUUCGCGGGAAAAGUACUAAUCGAGCGGAAAACAAUCCCUGUAGGUGUACGUAAAGGAUUUUUUUUUUGUAUUUUAAUUUUUUCAAACCAUGGCAGGCCGGAGUGAAUAUUGGGAGUGACAGUUGUAGGGAAGGGAUAGUGACCCUGGAUAAAGUACAUAAAGUCCUUUUAGCGGCACUUAUUAUUAUUAUUAUUAUUGCUUCUUAGUCAGCUUGCUUCAUUAAUAGCUAUAUAAAAUGCAUAAACUGAUUAAACAAAAAAAAAUACUCACCGCUCUGUAAUCAAUGCUGUAAUAAUCCAGGUAUAUUCAUGAACAGUAACAGAAGAGAGCUAGGAAAGUUUGAGGAGUGUUAAGGAGCAGCGAGUGUUAAAGAUGGAUUAGAUUCGUUUAGUAUUACAGCGUGUACAGCCAAUAGAAAGUAGGAAAGAUGCAUAUUUUUGGUAUUAUUAUUUGUUUUCCUAAGGCCAACAACUAUUUUGCCUCGUUCGGUUCACCUAGCUCAUUAAAGCAGACCAAAAACUAAGUCAUUAGAUUAAAGCUUCAAAUGAAUUACAUUUUAUUCCUAGUCUUUUCCCCCCUUUCUAUCGAUAUGAGUUUCUGUGCGUCUCUAUCUAAAAGCACGUAUAUAAGCUGAUCGUUUUGCUGCAUGCAAAACAAAUCUUUCAAAUCUUUUUCUCUCUCUCUCUCUCUCUCGCUCAAUCGAAGUAUGAAACAAUAUUAUUAAUUUUAAACAAGUCUAUUUGUGAAUGCGACCCUUCAGUGGAAACAAAAUGUUCAUUACCAACAAACAUACUUUUUGGAGUAAAGCUUUUCCUACAUUUACCUUCACCAGGUAUUGUUACCAUGACCACGAAUGUAAAUCUGGCGGUUAAACAAAAACACCAGAGCUUACAACUAAUGUACUAAGAAACUAGCUAAAACCAAAACUUCUGCAGCCAUGCUACUGCACACAUAAGCUUGCAUGACGGAUGCUUCUACAGUAUAUAAUGCAAUGUGUUGAUGCUAGUCAAAUAGAUCAACUUUGGCUAAUGGACAACCCAACCGCUAUGUACGAAAGAUCAGUCGUUAGGAUUUUAAAUCAAUACAUGUUCCGCUCGAAACAUACCUCCUUUGGUUAGUUAGCUGUUCAUAGCGUGUUUUAGUUUUCGCUUUUUUACCAAUGUUCAUAAUGCAGCGGACCGCUCGACAGCUACAGUUCGAACAAAUUAAGACACACGUGCCAUAAUAUCCUCAAUAAACCACGCAAUUGUUUCAUGUUCAUUUUAGUUUGUUUGCGUCAGGAUCCUCGAUGAUUACAUACGUUGUGCUGGACAUUUAAAAAAAACGCAUAUAUAAUGCCAUUAAGCCAUUAAGAAAUUGUAUAACUUCCAUCUGUAUGAAUGGCGCAAUUAAGUAGUGAGCGCGCGCGUCACUAUAACUGCUUCGCUAUCAUUAUUGUUCGUCAGUGGGCAAUUAUUUCGCUUUUGCUUAUUUAUUUUUUUUUUUAUUGCGGCAGUGUGCAAAACAUUGAAGAUAACGUAUAGUCAUAAAUAACAUAUAUGCAUAUAUUUGAUGAAAUGGAACGAAACAGAAUAUACAAACUGCUGGAAUGCUAUAUACAACAAAUAAAAGCAUUUAAUCACACUA